GAGCCAUCAUAAUGGACAUCGCGGUUUAAACUACGCGCGCGAGGAGCACGGGAAGGUACUCCGAUUUUCAGAACAGAGAAAGUGAUCACUUAAAAGAAACCGAUUCAACGGAACGUCUGACCGUCUGAGCCCCCAGAAAGAUGUUGGAGCCUGUGACCACCGGAGGCUCUCGGGGGCUACUGGAAGAGACCAGAGAACCAAUUGAGUACCGACUUCCUGCUGCAGUCUCCAAGAAAUUUGCCCCAAAGAAACUUGUUCGUACCCACGAAGAUGAAGAACCCGAUGAACUAGCUGUUUCCUUCGAUCCCUGUACCGCCAUUGUACCACGUCCUGACGAGGAGACGUUUGGCAAAAGAAGAGAGAGGCGAAAGAAGACAAGAGGUGCGGGCAGUCCAACAUCCGCUUCUCCAAUGACUCAGUCAAGAAAAAAGAGUCGAAAAUCUCCCGAACCAUCGGACGAUGACACCAGGAGACACAGAAGGCGGCACAGGAGACCUAGUGUUGAGAGCGAGCAUCCCGCCUUGAAGGGAGACACGGGUCGGGGUCUCACGCGAGACGUUCCAGCCAUAGAGGCCGACACUGAGACGAAGUCAUUGACGCCCGUCGGAACCCACGGGAGAAAGACCAGUUCUCACAAGUCGGAGGAGAGCGCCAAGCGCAACUUCAACAGCAAGCGAGAUUUUUACUUGACAGCGCUCGGCAUCUCCGUGGGGGUCAGCAGCGUGUGGCGCUUUCCGGCUGUCGUGCACUGCAAUGGCGGCGCGACCUUCUUAGUCGCAUACGCUGUCAUAAUGGUUGUGUUUGGAGCUCCUCUCUACUACCUGGAGAUUACCAUAGCACAGUUCUGCGGAAAAUCUGCGUUGGGCUUCCUGGACUGCUCUCAGAUUGCCCGAGGUGUUGGCUGCACAAUGAUCAUUUACUCCUGGUCCAGAGGUGUGUGCUACGCCGUCUAUAUGUCAUACUUCCUCCUGUACCUCUUUUACGCCUUCUACGACAACAUUCCAUGGGAUACGUGCAAAGACGAGUUGGAUAAGACGUGCUUUUCUCCUUCCCAAGAACACUUGAUAUGCAAGAACGUCAACAAAAGCAUCUACGAAUCGUACCACCGUCUAAAUGUAAACCAAACGGCCACUGGAAUUCCCGUGCAUAACAGGGGCAAAGUCAUCUACGUCCCGGAGUAUGCCUACCACAAUGCAACCCGUCAUUGCCUCAACGCAACGAGGUCGUCGGCUAAGGCUUACCUCAUAGAACAGAUGUGGCAACUGGGAACAGGUAUUCAAGACGUGGGUUCUCUCAACUACGCCCUAGUUGUCAGCCUGUCCUUCACCUGGGGUCUCAUCUUCAUGUUGAACUAUUCCAUGACCUGCAUGAAAACGCAAAUCCACGCUAUGACCCUUGUCAUGGCCUUUACGAUGCUGCUUCUCAUCGUCUACUUGCUCGCCUUUCCCGGAGCUCUUACUCCGGGUGUUGCGAGCCUCUUACGGUUUGACGAAAAGAUUUCGGACCCAGCGGUUUGGCGUGAGGCUGCACAUCAAGCUAUUCUUUCUUUGGGUACCUGUUCUGGACUGACACUAUCAAUAGGAACACGCUGCGAAUACGGAGAAAACGUCGAAAUGGAAGCCAUAGCUGUCUGUUGCACACAAACUGCGCUCAGCGUCACUUCCACCAUCAUCCUCUACGCGAUGCUAGGGAACCUUGCUGUGAGACGGAGCGAAAGUGUAGAAGAAAUGACGUCAUCAAUCUAUGAAAUCGGCCUGGUGACAGCAACAGACGUCGCCGGUCGUGCCAUAAGCCCCCUCAUCCUGGUCACAUUCUACUUCGUCAUCCUCAUCGCGGCUGGUCUUCCGACCCAAGCAUUCUACUUUCGAAUGUGCGUGGAACAAAUCACGUACGCCGUGACGGGAAACACGGAGCUCGAGAGACACGUCACAGUCUUGUUCGUAGCUUCAGUGUUUGCGUUCGCCUUCGGGCUACCACUCGCAACCAGUGGUGGUAUGCGGAUCGUAUUCUUGGUCAGCAGUGUCAUCAACGACACUAUCCUUGGAGCAGUGGCAACGCUGGAGGUGAUAGCCAUUGUCUACUUCUAUGGUGUUGCACGGGUGACCUUCGACAUAGAGUACAUGCUGAAGAGGGGCGUCUCUCAUUACUGGAGGUCAGCUUGGCAUCUCGCUGUUCCUUUCAUAGUUGUGGCAUUGAGCUUGAGUCGUUUCUCGGACCUGUUCUCUAUGGGCGUCAAAGACAUUGACGACAACGCCUAUCCAACGUGGGCUAAGGUCAUUGCUAUUGUGUGCGUCUGCUUAGCCCUACUUCCGGUCCUACUAGUGGCGGCACAGCACCUCAACAAGCACGGAUUUGUUCUUUCGAGAGCUCUGGAAACGGACCAGGACUGGGGACCAGCGCUUCCGGGCAAAGUGCUCGAGUACAAGAUCGACACUGCACAUUUUCAGCCCGCGAAGCGACACUGAGCGGUCAACGAAGGAAGUUCGGCAGAGUGAAAUAAAAAUAAAGUGGAUUGAACUGGC